AUGGGCUGCUGUGGUUGCGGAAGUUGUGGUGGCUGCGGCGGCGGCUGCGGUGGCUAUGGUGGCGGCUGCGGCAGCUGCACCACCUGCAGGUGCUACCGGGUGGGCUGUUGCUCGGCCUGCUGCCCCUGCUGCUGUGGCUGCUGUGGGGGCUGUUGCAGUACCCCCGUGGUCUGCUGCUGCCACCGCUGCUGUCACCCCUGUGGCUCGUGUGGCUGUGGCUGGUGUGGCUGCGGUGAUGGGAAGGGCUGUUGGCAGCAGAAGAGCUGUUGCCAGCAGAAGAGCUGUUGCAAGAAGCAAUGUUGUUGCUAG